AUGUCUGCCACUAACGGUGACACCGAGGGACCCCUCAAUCGUGCAGACGAGGUCAAGGAUUUACUCACUGCCAUCACUGAUUUGAUCGUCCCGUUCGUUGCUGCUGCAGACCAAGAUGCGGCCACCAAACACACAGGUCAAGGCCUUCGUGUUGAAGGCGGAGUACCGAGAACAGCGCUUGUUGAGCACCUCCCGCCGAAAAAACUAGAAGGGAUUCUGCAGAGUGAAUUGGAAAUCACAGAACAUGCAGCCGGAAGAGAUGGCCUCGUUGCGCUCGUGGAGAGUGUCCUGAAGUAUUCAGUCAACACGUGGGAUCAAGGGUUUCUCGAUAAGCUGUAUGCGAGUACCAACGCAGUGGGCUUGGUGAGCGAAUUGUUGCUUGCAACGUUGAACACCAAUGUGCACGUCUACCAAGUCUCCCCAGUACUAACCCUCGUCGAAAAACGUACGACAAAGUACCUCGCAUCGCUCUUCAACCUGCCUGCAGCCACCUCUGGAGGCAUCUCGCAACCAGGCGGUUCAGCAUCAAACAGCACCGCCAUAGUCAUUGCGCGAAACACGCUGUACCCAGAAACCAAGACCGAAGGCAACGGCACCUACAAGUUCACAAUCUUCACCUCCGCGCACGGCCACUACUCGGUCGAAAAAGCAGCAAACCUCUUCGGCCUGGGAUCCAAAAACGUCAUCUCCGUCCCUGUCGACGAUGCAGGCCGCAUCAUCCCCGCAGACUUUGAACGCCUCGUCAAGGAAAGUAAAGCACGCGGCGAAACCCCCCUCUUACUCAACGCAACCGCUGGAACGACUGUCCAUGGCUCGUUCGACCCCUUCGCUGAACUAGCCCCUAUCUGCGCACGGCAUAACCUCUGGUUCCACAUCGACGGCUCCUGGGGCGGCCCCGUCAUCUUCUCCCAUGCACAUGCUGCUACGCGUCUCGCGGGCGCUGAACUCGCAGAUAGUAUCACUAUCAACCCGCAUAAAAUGCUCGGUGUGCCCGUGACGUGCUCGUUCCUCCUGGGCAAGGACAUGAACCUGUUCUACCGCGCGCUGACGCUGCCGGCGGGCUAUUUGUUCCACAUUGCGCCUGGUGCUAGUGUGGAUGAUAUUUAUGACUUGGCUGAUUUGACGCCUCAGUGUGGUCGCCGCGCUGAUAGCCUCAAGUUUUUCCUUGCGCUGCGAUAUUAUGGCUCCGAGUAUUUCUCAAAGCUGGUUGCGAACGGGUUUGAUAAUGCCGAGUAUCUUCUCGCACUGCUCAAGGCGAAUGGCAACUUCGUCACGAUUAGUCCCGAGCCGUUGCCUUGUUUGCAGGUGUGCUUUUACUAUGCAAAGGGUGGGCUACUCGGAGACGAUGCAGAGGCGAAUGGCAAGGCGACGGCGGAUAUUGCUAAUAAGCUGAUUAGUCGGGGCUUCAUGAUUGACUUCGCGCCGGGCGAGAAAGGCAAGUUCUUCAGGGUGGUUGUGAAUGGCAAUACGAGAAAGGGGACACUGGAUGGCUUGGUCAAGGCGAUUGAGGAAACUGCCCAAGACUUGUGA